AUGUACAUCCACUUCCUGGUGGUUCAGUCCAAACUGAAGAACAUCAAUCUUUCAGGCUGUCUUGUCACAGAGGAAGGCUGUGCUGCUCUGGCCUCAGCUCUAAGCUCCAACCUCUCCCAUCUGAGAGAGCUGGACCUGAGCUACAAUCAUCCAGGAGACUCAGGAGUGAAGCUGCUGUCUGCUGAACAGGAGGAUCCACACUGGAGACUGUCCACUCUCAGGGUGGACCAUCGUGGAGAGCACAGGUUAAAACCUGGUCUCAGGAAGUACGCCUGUGAACUGGAACUGGACACAAACACAGUAAAUGGAAACCUCAAACUGUCUGACAACAACAGGACGAGUCUCCUCUGA